AUGGCUUCUUUCACAAACCAAAUUUUUGUGUUUGUCUUAUAUACAUUGGCUCUCAAAAUUUCGGCAUCAUCGGAAACCUAUUCGUCCAAUGGACUCUUCCUAUUCUCAUCUAAACAUGUUGUUAUCAUCAACAAAUUGGUCUCCCAUUCUGUGUUGACUGUGCAUUGUAGAAACAAAGGGGAUGAUUUAGGAGUAAGAAGACUCAACUGGGGAGAGAGUUUUGAUUUCAAAUUUCGUGUCAAUCUCCGUAAAACAACAACGUACACUUGCAGUUUCGAGUGGCCAAACAACACAGCAACGUUUGAUAUUUUCAGAGCAGAUAGAGACGACAAUCCAAAGAGUAAAUUUGGAGUUUGCAGCGAAUGUAUUUGGAGCAUCUAUGAGCUAAAUCCUUGCCGUGAUAGACGCGACGGGGGCCAGCCUCAGUGUUUGCGAUGGGUUUCUUAG